GAGGAGGAAUUUCAACCAUUGUUCGACCUGCUGAAAAUUCAUUGACAAGAGAUGAUAAACUCUUUAUUGACGAUUCAAUUAGGUCAAACUUAAAAUACCUUCCAAUACCAACGUUGUUCAAAAUGGAUCAAAUGGAGUUUUGGAAGAAUGAUAAUAGCUUUCAGGCAUUCAUGAAAGAUAAACGCACAAUGCCCAAAAAUAAGAUCCUUGCGAUACUACAGGAUAUAGAUAACACGAUAAUAAAUGUAGCCUGGCAAGAUGAAAGGGAGGACGACGAUUAUGACACCGAGGAUGACUAUGCUACCAAUGACGAAAGCACGAUUUACUUCAUGCCGUGGUCAAACCUUGAUGAUAUUCCAGCCGAUGUCGUGUGUCUUUAUACCUCAAGUUAUGAUAUAUUGACAGCUGCCAACAGGCAUGUGUCAGAUGAAGCUUGCACGGAUAGAUUUCUAAAAUGGGCAGGGUGGACACCGGGUAUCAGCAAUGUCAUAAGUUUGUGCCAAUGUCCUUAUGGAAAAAGGAAUAACUUCAAGUGUUUCGCGAGAUCUAUGUUGGGCGGUGGCAUUUCUACGUUUACCCGGAGCAAGGAAGAUAUUCUGACACGAAAAGAUAAAAAUAUCGUUAUUCAGGCUAUACUUGAUAAUCUCGAGUAUCUACCCAAUCCAACCCUGUAUAAAAUGUCAAACAUUGAAAUUUGGAAGAAAGACGAAAACUUCCAAAAUGUAUGGAAGGAUAUCAAGAAUAGAAUUGGCGAGUUUCGAAGCAUCCUACGGAACAUUCAAGAAACGCUACGAACAGAGGCUUGGAAGAAAGUACAAAACGUAUCGGACGAUUUCAAUUACGUAUAGGAUUAGAUAUUGCAUUGGUGAAAUAUAAUUAACAUUUGUUGUAACAUUCAUAAGAACCACCAUCAUGGCUUAUUCUGGAGUCUAUGAUUUAACGAUAUUUGCUCAUUGCUCGUUGUAAAUCAAAGAUCUACUUAUUUUAUGUCUGCCAUUUUAUUUACUUCUUCAUUAGCAGUUGAUUUAAGCAUGUUUUACUUUGUCAAGUUCAUAA